AUCUUGACUGGGUCAGGACCCGGUCCAGAUUAUAACAUUGCUAAGUAGAGAUAAGAGGAGCUGCGGAAGAGGGUAAUUGUGCUUCAUAGAAGAGCUAUGCGGAUGAUUUUCUCAACUUCCACUCUCCCGCCUAAUGCUUUCUCACCCUCAUUUCCCAGUUUAGCAACUUUCUUGCCUCAGAAGAAGCAUGUAGGACUUUGCCGGUUUAGUUACAACAAUAAAGAUGAUGGAGUACAAAAUGAAUACAGGAUUUGUAGCGAGGAGGGAUCAAAGCGAAGGUUUCUCUUUCUUUUUGGGCUUUCAUCAGGCUUGUUCCCAACUUUAUCUUCUUUUGGGAAGACAAAGAGUAAGAACCCAUAUGAUGAAAGACGCUUGCUUGAACAAAAUAAACGUAGACAGAGAGAAAAUAAUGCACCAGAAGACUUCCCAAACUUUGUUAGAGAAGGUUUCGAAGUUAAGGUAGUAGCAUCAGAGAAUUACAUAAAGCGUGACUCAGGACUCAUUUAUAAGGAUUUUGAAGUUGGUAAAGGUGAUUGCCCAAAGGCUGGUCAGCAGGUGACCUUCCACUAUGUGGGCUAUAAUGAAUCAGGUCGACGGAUUGAUAGUACCUACUUACAGGGUUCUCCUGCAAAAAUCCGCAUGGGAACUAAUGCAUUGGUUCCAGGAUUUGAGGAAGGAAUUCAAGACAUGAGACCUGGGGGAAAAAGGAGGAUCAUCAUACCUCCAGAACUUGGACCACCGGUGGGACCCUCAACAUUUUUCAGCUCAAAACAGUUUGAAGUGUUUGAUGUGGAAUUGCUCAGCGUUCAGGAUUGUCAAAGGAGGACCAUUGGCUUUUACUCUGAUGUUGUGUGCAGCUGACAGGCUACUGUUUCUGUUGCCUUUCUCAUCUCUGGAUAUGAAUCAGAGUUUCGAUGAAAAUCAUAUUUGGAAAUCAGUAAACAAAUUAUGUCCUGGAAUCUUCUUCUCAUUCUCUUUUGUUAGUAUUAUUAUGAUCUUCUUCUCGCAGUUUUAUAGGUCGUCUGAGAAAUUUGCCUAAAACCAUUAUCUGGUUCUACCGCAAAGCAGUUAAAACAUUCUAUGCAAGUUCAAUGUAUGAAAUUAUAAGGAGUUCCAAGAUCUUAGAAGAAUAUCAAAAUCUUGACAUUUUGUUAGUACCAGUUUGUAUGCAUUUUAUUAGUGUAUGUAGUGUUGCUCUAAAUUGUUGGCUGACA